AUGUCUCAGAUCCACGCCAUGUCGGAUGACCAGGUCAACACCGAGCUGCGCAAGAUGACCGCCUUCAUCAGGCAGGAGGCGCUCGAAAAGGCCCGCGAGAUCCACCUCAAAGCCGACGAGGAGUUCAGCAUCGAAAAGUCCAAGCUCGUGCGCUCCGAAACCUCGCGUAUGGACACCGAGUAUGAGAAGAAGUUCACGCAGGCUGGCAUGAGCCAGCAAAUCACAAAGUCCACACUUGCCAACAAGCAGCGUCUGCGGAUUCUCAGCGCACGUCAGGAGCUGUUGGAUUCCUUGUUUGAGGAUGCCAACAAGAAGCUCUCCGACACGGCGUCCAAGGAUAAGAAGAAGUAUGAGAAGGUGUUGAGCAACUUGAUCCUGGAAGGACUGUAUGCGUUGGUAAACGAGAAGAAGGUUACCCUCAAGUGCAGGAAGAAGGAUGACGAUGUGGUCAAGAAGGCGGCAGACUCCGCCAAGGAGGAGUUCAAGAAGACCAUGGACAAGGAGGUGGAUGUGCAGCUUGACAAGGAAAAGGUUCCGGAGCAGUCUGCGGGGGGUGUCAUCAUUGUCAACAGCACCGGCAAGAUUGACAUCAACAACACCUUUGAGGAGCGAUUGCGUCUCUUGGAGACCGACGCACUACCCGUCGUUCGUUCGACACUGUUUGGAGAGAACAAGAACAGAAAGUUCAGAGAUUAG